AUGUCUAUCCCACUGGAAGACGACAAACGGGACUCGUCUGGCUGGUCGGCGUCGCAGUACAACAAGACGGCCUCAUUCGUUUAUUCCUCCGCGUACACUUCUCCCGUUUUAGACCUCCUCGCUGCGAAGCCAGGAGAGCGCAUCUUGGAUCUGGGAUGUGGAAGCGGUGAAGUCACUAUCGUUCUCCAAAAACUCGUUGAACAGGCCGAAGGCGGCGUCGUCGUUGGCACUGAUUACAGCGAAAGCAUGAUUAACAAGGCGAAAGGGAAUGGGAUCAAGCACGUCUUCGUAGCUGACGCUCAGGAAUUGGAAUUGCCUCAGGACAAUCCGAGUAUUCCGCGCGAAUUUGAUGCCGUCUUCAGCAAUGCCGUCCUCCAUUGGUGCAAACGUAACCCUUCUGGAGUCCUAGACGGAAUGAGAAAGGUAUUGAAACCUGGAGGAAGAAUCGCCGUCGAGAUGGGCGGAUUUAUGAACGUCAUAGGUAUACGGUCGGCAUUACAUCAAAUUCUGAAGUCCAAAGGUCGUGAUCCAGAACAAUGUGAUCCAUGGUAUUUCCCAUCCGUUGAGGAGUACGAGAAGCUCCUCGUCGGGGCAGGCUUUCAAGUGACUCACAUAUCACUCGUACCAAGGUUCACUCCACUCUCAAAUGGCUUGUACGAGUGGUUGAAUUUGUUCGCUCGUCAGUCAUUCUUGGGGGACUUUUCCGAUGAAGAAGCGGGCGAAGUUAUGAGGGAGGUCGUAGAGCGCUGUCGCACGGAUUGCCAGGACUCGAACGGAAAUUGGGCAAUGAUGUACACUAGAUUGCGAUUUUCAGCCGUUCUCAAGGAACCUGUGACAAAUGUGACAAGACCACGGUUUUCGACGACGACGACGAUGCUCUCGACACUGUGGCAGACGACGCGCAGAGCCCUUCCACGCCUGGCUCCUCGACAUGCGCGAACUCUGGUAACUGAGGAGGCGACCAAAAAGGAGGCAAUGGCAACUCUCGACAUGCGCGCGCCAACUUCACAACCACCUGCUGCACCUCUCCCAACGCCUAAAGUCGAUCUUGACACCAUGCACCACCACAUUCCACCAGCACAAUUGCCGCUUCUUCAGUUAAUCACCACGAUGCUCAUGCGACACGGGCUGUAUGCGCAGGCCGCGAAGACCACGUCGAAUAUGCUCCUACACAUCCACGCGAUGACAAGACAGCCUCCGAUGCCCCUGGUCGAGCGAGCCAUACUUAUGGCCUCACCUGCCGUCAGGUGUCGGAAGUUGAAGAAAGGAGGUGGGAAAACGGUGUUUAUGCCACAAGCCCUUAAUGAACGGCAGCGGACGAGAAUUGGUUUGAAAUGGAUUGUUGAAGCCGUCAGGGCCCCCGGGAGGCAAGGGAAUACGCUGGCAGAACGGAUGGCCAGGGAAAUCGUCGCAAUUUUAAAUGGCACCAGCGGCGUUCUGAAGUUGAAGGAGGAGAUGCACAAGGUGGCAAUGGUCAACCGGGGUGGACUUCCUCAAAGUCGAUAG